UUUAAAGAAAAAACAAAACAAAGAAAGAAAUGCCAGCAGCAUCAUCUCCUUCAUCUCUGGCGUGUUAUUAUUCAUUCUCCUCAGUAAUAGCGUGCGGUUGCCGCUAUCGUGCGCCUUUAAAGCACUCGUUCUUAGCCUUCACUCGUCGCUUCCACUCCCUCCACCCUCACCACCGCUACUGCCGCCGUCUUCCGCCUCAUUCUCUGGCAAUUCUCGCCGCGAACACCACGGCGUAUUCUUCUCGCUCCCGCCGUCUCCCUAAAACGCAUUUCUUCACGGGGAACUCUCUUUUCUCCCGCAUGGAGCGAUUCUGGACAGGAGGUGGUAUUGAUAAGAAUAGAGCAAUGGUGGAGCAUUUGCAGAGCUAUGGUGUUGUUAGAUCUAAAAAGGUGGCUGAGGUUAUGGGAACUAUUGACAGGGCUUUGUUCGUUCCUGAUGGGACCCCGCCAUAUGUUGAUACCCCCAUGCAAAUUGGUUACAAUGCUACCAUAUCUGCGCCUCAUAUGCAUGCCAUGUGCCUUGAAUUGCUGGAAAACCAUUUGCAGCCUGGCAUGCAUGCUCUGGAUAUUGGCUCAGGAACGGGUUAUUUGACUGCAUGUUUUGCUAUUAUGGUUGGACCACAAGGUCAUGCAGUUGGUGUGGAACAUAUUCCUGAGUUGGCUGCUGAAUCAAUCAAAAAUAUACAAAAGAGUGCUGCUGCUCCACUACUGAAAGAAGGGUCCUUGUCUGUACAUGCAGGGGAUGGACGGCUUGGCUGGCCGGAGCAUGCACCGUAUGAUGCUAUUCAUGUUGGUGCUGCAGCACCAGAAAUUCCUCAAGCUCUGAUCGAUCAGUUGAAGCCCGGUGGCAGGAUGGUGAUCCCUGUCGGAAAUAUCUUCCAGGAUUUGAAGGUCGUGGACAAGGAUAUGGAUGGUUCAAUCAGUGUCCACAGUGAAACUUCUGUUCGUUAUGUUCCACUAACGAGUCGAGAAGCUCAAUUGCGUGGUUAUUAAAGGUGGUGCCAUCAUAUGUAACGUCUUGUUUACUUGUUGAAGGGAGAGAAGAAAAGGAAAAGUCUGGAGGAAACUGAGACAGGGAGCAUAGGGAAGAAGCCUUCUUUUUUCCAGAUCUUCACUUCUAGUUCUGUAUAGGUAGCCAUGUAUAGGUUGAUGCCGUGGAUAUUGAAUGUUUUUAUUUUCCUUAUUCAAUGGAAUAAUGUUUACAAAAUGGACUCGUGCUUCGCUUUUCUUCUCA